UAAAUCAUUUGACCUCAAGACUUAUUAUUCUUUCACACUUUAUUUAAUUUCCUCAUGUGUGUAUAUAUAUGCUCUCCAUAUCUCUUCUUGUUCCUUCAUCAUCAUUGUUAUUUAUUUCCUAUACCAAGUAUACACAUUAACCAGUGUUACAUUUAAUUUGCACCCAAAUUAAGUAACUCCAGAAUAGCAUUAUGGCUUUCUUGAAAGCUAUCCUACCUAAUUGCUUCAAAGUUAAGAUUAAUGAUGCAAUUAUUCAUCCAGAGGAAUCCAAGAAAAAUAUUAGUUCAAGGCUAGCUGUAUCAGAUAUAAGUGAUCCAGAAUUAUCAUUUUCCGUGAAUGAUCUUUCAUCAAAUGCUAUAAUUGGAUCAAACCUUCAUGUUUUUACUCAUGCUCAACUCAAAGUUAUUACAAGUGACUUUUCAUCCUGCAAUUUUCUUGGAGAAGGUGGAUUUGGACCUGUUCACAAAGGAUUCAUUGAUGAUAAAAUUAAGCCUGGUUUAGGAGGUCAACCUGUUGCUGUUAAGUUGCUGAACUUGGAAGGUGAUCAGGGCCACAUGGAAUGGCUGACAGAAGUAGUGUUACUUGGGCAAUUGAGGCAUCCAAAUCUAGUAAAGUUAAUUGGAUAUUGCUGGGAAGAUGAGCAAAGGCUUCUUGUUUAUGAGUACAUGACAAGGGGCAAUCUAGAGAACCAACUAUUUAGAAGAUGUUCGACUAGCUUGCCAUGGCAGAUCAGAAUGAAGAUUGCACUUGAUGCUGCAAAGGGGUUAGCUUUCCUUCAUGAGGAAGAAAAACCAGUAAUCUAUAGAGACUUUAAGGCUUCUAAUAUCCUGUUGGACUCGGAUUAUACGGCUAAGCUUUCGGACUUUGGAUUAGCAAAGGAUGGUCCUGAAGGUAGUGAUACGCAUGUCACAACUCGUGUUAUGGGCACUCCAGGCUAUGCUGCGCCCGAGUACAUGUUGACAGGAUAUUUGACAACUAGGAGCGAUGUAUAUAGCUUUGGAGUCGUCUUAUUAGAAUUACUAACAGGACGACAAGCGAUUGACAAGAAACGCCCUAGUAGGGAGCAAAACUUGGUGGAAUGGGCCAAGCCCUUCCUCCGGAAUGUGCACAAACUCAACAGAUUAAUAGACCCGAGACUCGAAGACCAGUACUCGACUCAAGGAGCAAAAAAGGUGGCUGCAUUGGCUUAUAAAUGCUUGAGCCAACAGCCCAAGUCUAGACCUACCAUGAGCAAUGUGGUCAAGAUUUUGGAACCUAUUUUGGACUUAAAAGAUAUACCAAUUGGUCCAUUUGUUUAUGUGGUUCCUUCUUUUGAAUGUAAAAGUGGAUUGAAGACAAAGGGGAAUAAUGAAGAAAAAAAGAAAGAAAAUAAGGUGCAAAUAAUUAGUGAUCAAGAUGACCAAGGAAGUGCAAGAGAAAAGAACUAAUCACCUAUCAUCCAAGUAAAAGUUCAAAAAUUUGAAAAAAAAAACCAUAGGAAUUAUUGCAAGUUAGCUAUAAAGGAAAAUCACAACCACCAUGUAUCGGAUAGGAUUGUGGUGGAAUAGUAAAGGUUCCUUCAUCCUUAAAUUAGUGUUUGAUACCAAUUUUGGAAUGAUUUUAUUUUUGAUAGGGAGUACUAAAAUCUCAGAAAUAACCUUUGUACGAAUGAAUACCAAUUAGUUGAGUUUAUGGAUUUCGAGCAUCAAAAAAUAAAUUGUCAAUUAGUGAUC